GUCACGUGGCAAGGUGUAUUUCCCCCUCCCCUUCCCAAAUGGAUUAGCGUAGCACGUUAGCGGCGGUGGCAGUGAGUACCUGGGCUCUUUUGAAUUGGGCUUUAGAAGACCAUGCACAGAAUUAAGGCUCUAGGCGAACAAGAGGCACAAUGGUCCAGCAGGCACCUCGCUUGGAGCGUCAUUUAAUAGCACCACAGCUAUCAAGGAAUCAGGCCAAAGCCAUUGUGGGAUUGGCUGCUUUCUUCUGUUUUGCUAAUAGUUUUGAUGGAGAUUUUGUUUUUGAUGACUCAGAAGCUAUUGUAAAUAACAAAGACUUGAAGCCUGAAACUCCUCUUGGUAAUAUUUGGGAAAAUGACUUUUGGGGGAGUAACCUCAGCAGCAAUUCUAGUCACAAAUCCUAUCGACCAUUAACUGUGCUCACUUUUAGAUUCAACUACCUCUUAGCUGGCAGAUUAAACCCAGUUGGUUUCCAUGUGCUGAACAUUGCCCUGCACUGUGUUAUCUCUAUAUUAAUGAUUGAUGUGUUUGCAAUAUUAAUUGGUGGCCUGGUUUAUGAUGGAAAAGGGAAAAGGCUUAACCAGGCUCCGAAGGCCUCAUUCUUGGCUGCUUUGCUCUUUGCAGUGCAUCCAGUUCAUACUGAAAGCGUUGCUGGAAUUGUUGGGAGAGCAGACCUUCUGAGUGCCCUUUUCUUUCAGCUGUCUUUCCUCUCCUACUGCAGAUCAUUUCAAGGAAAUGAUGAUAAGUUCUCAUUCUCGUGGAUAUUUUCAAGCCUCAUACUGUGUUCAGCCGCAAUGCUUUGUAAAGAACAGGGUAUCACUGUUUUGGGUAUUAAUGCUACAUUUGACAUUCUUAUGAUCUGCAAAGUCAAUAUCUCCGAUAUGACUAAGAAACUGCUUCAUAAAGGCCAACUUAAAGAGGGUAAUGAAUUACUGAGGAGAGGCUUCUUAACAAGAAUGGGACUUUUGACAAUGGGAGGAUCAUCUCUUUUGUACAUGAGAUGGAGAAUUAUGGGUACAGGCCCUCCAGCCUUUACAGAAGUAGAUAAUCCAGCCUCAUUUUCAGAUAAAAUACUUGUGAGAACUGUGAACUAUAAUUACUAUUACUCUUUGAAUGCUUGGCUGCUUCUGUGCCCCUGGUGGCUGUGUUUUGAUUGGUCCAUGGGAUGCAUUCCACUUAUUGAAUCAGUCAUUGACUGGAGAAUAAUCUCUGUAGUGGUGCUCUGGAUCUGCUUGAUUGGUUUGGGAAACCAAGCUUUAAACUCGGGAGAUAACAGUACUAGAAGAGUGCUAACAUUUGGACUUGCUCUACUGGUCAUCCCAUUUCUUCCUGCAAGCAACUUGUUUUUUCGCGUAGGAUUUGUUAUAGCCGAGAGAGUACUAUAUCUUUCAUGUGCUGGAUACUGUAUAAUUGUCACAUAUGGAAUAAGUACUUUAUGUCAAAAGUGCAGGAAAUAUAAGAGGCUUCUUUGCACUUCAUUGCUAUGCCUUUUUGGCCUGAAUAUGAUUCGCUGCAUUAUCCGCAGUAGUGAGUGGAGAUCGGAAGAGCAGUUAUUCAGAAGUGCCCUCGCUGUCUGUCCUCUUAAUGCUAAAGUUCAUUACAAUGUUGGCAAAAAUCUAGCAGACAGAGGAAACCAAACCUCUGCUAUCAAAUAUUACAGAGAAGCAAUAAGAUUAAAUCCUAAAUAUGUUCAUGCUAUGAACAAUCUAGGAAAUAUCUUGAAAGAAAGGAAUGAACUUAGUGAAGCUGAGGAACUUCUUUCCACAGCAGUUAAUAUCCAACCAGAUUUUGCUGCCGCUUGGAUGAAUUUGGGUAUAGUACAAAACAGCUUAAAAAAGUUCCAAGCAGCGGAGCAGAGCUACUGGAAUGCAAUAAAAUAUAGAAAAAAGUAUCCCGAUUGCUACUACAACCUUGGGCGUUUAUAUGCAGAUUUGAAUCGGCAUGUGGAUGCUCUCAAUGCUUGGAGAAAUGCAACAAUGCUGAAACCUAACCAUAGUUUGGCUUGGAACAACAUGGUUAUCCUCCUAGAUAACACAGGAAACUUGGCUCAAGCUGAAAUCAUUGGAAAAGAAGCAUUAAAACUACUUUCCAGUGAUCACACAAUUAUGUUUUCUCUUGCAAAUGUUUUGGGGAAAUUGGAAAAAUACAAGGACUCUGAAAGUCUGUUUUUAACUGCCCUACAGCUCAAUCCAAAUGCUGCAAAUUACCAUGGAAAUUUAGCUGUGCUCUAUCAUCGCUGGGGGAAACUUGACUUGGCCAAGAAACACUAUGAGCACUCCUUACAACUAGACCCCACAACGCCGGGGACCAAGGAAAAUUAUAACAUGUUGAGAAGAAAGCUGCACCAGCUAGAAAAUAAGGGAACUGCCUGAUCUUACACACUCCUUGAAUCUCUGCAUGUUGUUUGUACUUAAACUUUUUUUUUAAUGUUUACAAGUUUGCACUGUUUUGAUGACUAAGGAAGAGAAAUGGAAUAUAUGGGAAUAAAAUGAUGAAAACAA